CGGGAUUAAAAAUGUGAAACACGAUGUAGCUGCUAUACCCGAUGUUCACAAAGCUGUUAUUUUUUAUGCAUAUUGGGGUAUGUUUCUUCAUAAUAGUUUACCUUACAUUAUAGACUUUCAAUAGGAUAAUACUCCAUAUAUGCUCCAAUCAUAUGUUACUUAUGCAUCAUCUUUGAUAUUUCCUUGAAGUCUUCUGUCACAGUUUAUAAUAAUCCCUGAGCCCUGUCUAUCACAGCCUGUGACGGGUGCAAAAUUUCUACCCAUAAACAUUUCAACACUCCUUUCAGGUCGUGUUUCACAAAACGCCAUUGAGUACUUACCUUUAGGUAUAAUCAGACGACUCUUUAUGGUGCCUCGUAAUCCUUUAAAAGUCCAGUAUGAGGAUAAAUCCUUUAUAUCAUAUAUGUUAUCCUCGCUGAGCUCUACAAAAUGGCAAGGUCAAGAUUCAAAAUGGAGCGUGACGUCUGACGAUUUCCCUCAUAAGUUACAAAAUUUCGGAAAGCCAUUUUUCAAUGUCCCAGAACUUUUUGCGAGGACUGUACGUCAAGCCAAUCAAAAUUCACCAUCGCACCUCUAAUUGUAGAGGGCGCACAAUUAAAAAAGCUAGAAUUAAAUGAUAUAAUCAAAAAGCAUAUGACUGAUGUUAGGGUAUGUGAUAUUCAACUUUGUCGUUCAGGAAUAUUUACAUUAUAUGCUACAGAUGUUAAUUCAUUUAAUCGACUAUUGAAUGAUUUUACUCAGAUUCUCGCUGCAAAUGGUCAAAUCACAGCAAAAAUAUUUGUACCUCGAUCAAUUCAUAGAAUUAAAAAUAUGGAAAAAGUUGCUUUUGUCAAGAGAGUUGACUUAGAAAUUUCGGAAACCAGAAUUACUGAUGCAUUAAUGGAUACAGGAUUUAAUGUUGAAGGUGUUGUUAGAUUAACAACCAAAGAUAGAAAUACGCCGACCCGAACAAUUAAAAUUAUUUUUAAUGAUUCUCAAAAUAGAAAUGCAUUUAUACAAACUAGUUUACAAAUAGAUUCAAUGCACUUUCCAGCUGAACCUGCAAUGCAAAAUAAUAAACCGGUACAAUGUUAUUUAUGUCUUCAAUAUAACCAUAUGGCAAAGUAUUGUAAAAGAAAACAACAAGUAUGUGCUCGAUGUGAUGGAAAACAUCACGUUGACUAA